AUGCCAAUGAAAGACUAUGAUGAAACAGAUGAGAACGUAGAUAUACAAAUAGAAGAUAUGAACUCCGAUCUAAACGAAAAAGUGACCUUUAAUGUUGGCGGGAAAACAUAUGUGACUUUGAAACACACGUUGAUAAAUAUCCCGACCACGAAAUUAGGAAAGUUAACAAAGGAAGACCCCUCAUAUGAUGGCAAAAGAGAUGAAUAUUUCUUCGAUAGAAAUGGAAAGAUAUUCCAAUCAGUUCUAGAUCUACAUAGAACUGGAGAACUUCACCUCCCCUCUGAUGUAUGUAGCACGUCUGUUCGGAAGGAAUUGGAAUUCUGGAGAGUUCCUGAGGACUAUAUUUCAGAAUGUUGUUGGAAAUCGUAUUCUCUUCAAAACCAGGAUUUAAAAAUUGCUGCUAUUAUCGAUGAAAGAAUGGGAAAAAAAUUUGAUGAGACCAACAUGAACUCGCACACAACUAGUUGUCGUCAAAAAUUAUGGUUAACUCUAGAACAUCCAAAUCUCAACUUAUUAGCAAAGGUCUGGCAUUUUGUUUACAUUGCCUUUGUCCUGCUGUCUAUAAUUGUUUUCUGUCUAUCAACUAUUCCUGAAUUUAGAAUUGACGAUGUAAGUCCAAGUGGGAAUGCAAGUAACCCUUCAACAAAUGCGUCAGAUCCUUUCUACAAUCUCACUCACACUCACCCUGUCGACUCACUGUAUUAUCUGGAUAUCGUGUGUAUGGUAUUCUUCAUGAUAGAAUUACCGCUACGGAUGUUGAUUUGUCCUGAUAAACGAGAAUUCUUUCGUCGAGGUCUCAAUAAACUCGACAUCUUUCUGAUGAUGGUCAUGAUAACCGCCUUUGGUAUCGACAUGUCGCCUGCCUUCAAGAGAAAUGAUCCGAUUCUUAAAGAAGUGGAAACAGUUAUUCGGUUAUUCCUAGGAUUGCGUGUGUUUCGAAUAUUUCAUCUCGCUAGAAGGUAUCCCACCAUCAAAAUACUAUACCUGACUAUCAAAGCCAGUUUAAGAGAAUUGUUACUUUUAUUAGUCGGCCUGACGAUGGCUGUCAUGAUUUUUGCUACGUUUGUUUUCCUCGCUGAAUCAUUGUCGCACUCUGCAAGUUUCAAGAGUGUACCUUAUGCGAUUUGGUGGGCAAUUAUCACCAUGACUACGGUGGGAUAUGGCGAUUAUUAUCCUGUUACAUUUGCAGGGCAUUUGGUUGGAAUCUGUUGUGCUUUAUCUGGUCUGUUGCUCUUAUCUAUGCCUAUAGCGAUUAUUGCCCAGAAUUUCAAUGCCUAUUACUCUAAUCUGACGGUCAGAGAGGAGCGAGCUCUUAGAGAAAAUAAACGAAAAGAAAUGAGAGUGAAAAAUGCAGCCGAGUCGCUGAGGAUGAAAUUGGCAGUGCGGAAACUAUUUCACGUUUCACAAAAAAUGAACAAUACAAUCUCUGUUGGUAAAAAUGAAAAUAAUGCGUUCUCUAAAACACUUAAUAAUAAUGAUCCUAGUGCUGUAACAAAGGAGAGCGAUUUCAUCUCAUAUACUGCAAAAACUUUUCCUUUACCAUCACAAUAUAAAUCUAAUAAUAAUCCGAAACCACCACCUGGCUUUUACCAUCCUAAAACACUCCAUGUUAAAGACAUCAAAUUUUAA